AUGGAUAAUAUGCCUCUUAAUGGGUAAAGUAUGAAAGAGCAAUAAUCUGAAAAAGAAAAAGACAGUUAUCAUGAAGAUUGUUUAAAUAAAAUAAAUUUAUAAUUAAUAUGUUCUUAAUCAAUACCUCUUGAACCUGAAAAAUAAAACAAAUAAACUUUUUAUGAUAUUCUAAAGAAUUGUAUUGUUGGAGCAAUAAUAGGAUCUUUUUUAUAUAAAAUAUUCUAUUUUCGAAUCUAAUUUAAAUCUUAGUUAGUAAAAUUAGUACCUAUAGCAGGAGGUUUUGCUCCUUUAAUAGUGGUUGCUCUCAAACGCUAUUAAUAAAAUUAAGAAUAAAAUAGACUAAGUUAUUAUGAAAAAUUAGUUGGAAUUAAUGAUUUCAAAGAAGUAAAUGGAAGAUAUUACACAAAAGAAGAGUUUGAUUAAAAGUAUAAUAGAUCUCUUUUAUUUGAAGAUCCUAAUAAAUAACCAACUAAAGCUUUGGAGCAGAAUGCACUUUUAAGAUAAAAUAAAUUAAAAUAAGCAAAAUAGAUGGUUUAUAAGAAGCAUGGUUGGCAAGAGUGA